AUGAUGAAGAAUUUAGCAGUUAUUGCUACCACUCAAAGCGAUAUUCGUAACUGUAGCAAUCAAGCCUCGAUGUUGUUGCCUGUGUUCCCAAGCACUAUUCAAAAUAACCACCAGAAAGACAUCAAUACACUGAAUGAUAUCCAAAAGUUGCUACAACCAGCUCUUUCUCAAGAGAAACCUGCUGUAAUCUCUCCAACAACAGCACCUUCCACAUUGAAUUCUCCAACACUACCUUCCAACAGUCCAUCUUUAACCAAUGUACCACCAUCUAAUUCCUCCUCUCCUGUAAAUAAGAAUUUGUGGUUCAGUCCACACGUAUUUUUGAAAUCAUUCCCUGUAUUCCCUCCUCCUACUAGAAAUUUGACUAACUCGAAUGAACAAACACCAAUGUUGCCAAUAUUUCCAAAAAAGGAAGAACAACCAGAAAAGAAGUCAGGAUAUACCAGUUCCAACGAACAUGAAAAGAGGAGUGUAUACUCCAGCUCUUCUUCUAACAACUCAAUUCGAAAACAGAGAAAAACUAAGAGAAAUAAGAUUGAUAUUCCCCUUAAUGAAUUAAUAAGGUUCAUGACUCUUCCACAAAGUGUGGCUGCAAAAAAGCUGAAUGUAUCCCUUAGUACCCUCAAGCGACGUUAUUAUGAGCUUGUUUCAGAGUUCGAAGGAUCAAAGGAUACAAAAGCUAAAUGGCCUUCCAUGCCAACAAAUUACCAUGAACUGUCAUCAACUUCUGAAGAAGCAAUUCCACCUGAACAAAAGGGGUCACUGCAAUAUAUCCUCAACAGAUAUGAUGCUCAUGAUAACACUUUUGUUGACAGUCUAAGUAUGACUGUGCUUAACUUUAGUUUCAAACAACACUUGACAAACUCAUCCAACGAUGAGUAA